AUGGCUAAACCAAUCAAGCAAACUAAUCCAAAUUUAGCUACGGCCUAUGACUUAGUUCUGACGGACUUAUUCUCUUCUUUAAAGAAGUUAAAAGAUAAAGGAGUAAUUAAAUUAGGUAAUUUAGGAACUCUCCAGAAAAAAAAGACUCAAAUUACUACCGCUUUAAAUGGUAAGACUUAUGUUUACUAUCGGUUAAAUAAUCCGCUCAUGAAUAAUCAAUUUCCCAACCAACAAACGCAAGAACAAAUUAAUCCGCAAAAAAUGACGACGGGUCAAAAGAUACCGCAAAUGAGUGGCACCAUGGGAGAAAUUCAGCAAGGAAUUCAGACUAUGCAAAUGACUUUGGGACAAAUUAUCCAGCAACAGAAAAAUUUAGACCAACGAUUAAGCAAUUUAGAAAAUAGUGCUAGUCAACAGUUCACUAAUUUAAUUCAGCAA